AUGCGCGAACUCGCAGACCUCUUGACCUGUCGAGCCCUCAUAAUCCGCUUACAACACCUCAUCUCCACGUCCAUUUCCCACUCCUCCCCCCAAUCCGACCUCCUCGCCCACGCCGCCCUUCUCCGUCUCAUCCCCCUCAUCAAAUCCACCACCUGGGAUCUCGACAUCUACUACUGGGCUGUAUCCACGCUUUACGCCGUGUUGAACCCGGGCAAACGGUGGAAGACGAAUGAUGUGGCGAUGGAGGUGGACGGGGCUGAUGGAGCUGAGGAUGAUGGGUCUGGGAUGGGGAGAGGGGGGCUUUAUGGGAAGAUAAUACCGCCUGGAAGGGGGAGAGAGGAGGACGGGUUUCCGGAUGAGAAGUGGGUGGAUGAUGCGCGGGAGGCGUAUCACAAAGAGUACACCAGGCUGGAUGUGGAGUUGAGGGGAUAUGUCAGUAAUCUGAUCAAGGAGAGCAUCCGACUCACUCAAUUGGCGCUCGCACAACUGGCGCUCAAGACGGGCAACAUCAACGAGGCUCUCAAGUACUUUUCCGGUGCCCGUGAGCACAGCGUCUCCAACCAGCACAACGUCGACCUCGGCGUCAGCAUCCUCGAAGCCUGCCUCGCAUUCAACUUUCCCGGCCCGCUCACCGGCCACAUCGCCAAACUCGAAUCCGUCCUCGACCGUGUCCACCCCCACCCCUCCGGCCCCGCGGGCAAACCAACAAAAACCAACAUGACCACCACCCUCGCCGACCUGCGCGAACGCGAAGUCGCCGAUGCCCGCUCGCUCGCUACCCGCCGUUCCGUCAUUUCGCGUAUCCGCGUCGGUAGGGGUCUGCUCGCUCUUUCGCAGAAGGAAUGGGCGAGGGCGGGGAGGGAGAUGAACUAUAUCGAUGAAGAGGCGGGGGGACUGGGGGAUUGGGAGGGGAAGGCGAUUUCGACGGGGGAUGUGGCGUUGAUCACGGCGUUUACUGUGCUCGCUUCGUCGGAUAGGGCGAGGAUCCAGAGAUUACUGUUGGACAGGCAGAGUUUCAGAGCCUCUGUCGGAGACAACCUGCCGUGGGUUCUGGAGCUUGUGCAGUCGUUUGUGGGAGGAAAGUAUGACAAGGUCAUGUCGAUCCUCCAUGAUGCUCAACCCACGCUCCUCCUCAACCCCUUCCUCGCCCCCGCCACCCGCAACCUGAUCCACCUCAUCCAAACCUCCGCCAUCACCCAAUACAUCACCCCCUUCUCUACCAUCUCCCUCCCCAACAUGGCCUCCGCCUUCACCCUUGAUUACCCAGCCAUCCUCGAGAUCGUCGAAAAGCUCGUCAGCGGGGGCGAUGUGAAGGGCAAGAUUGAUCUGAUUGAUGGGGUGCUGAUGGUGGAGGAGAUGGAUGUGAGGGGGGAGAUGUUUGAAAAGGCGUUGGGGGCGGGGAAGAAGGCGGCGGAGAUGAGUGAGGCGACGGUUUUGAAGAUGAAGUUUGCCGAGGCUGGGAUUAUUGUCGACCCAAGACCCAAAGUCGAUCGUACUCAGGCUCCACAAGAGCCGUCCUAUGACGACUACACUUCUCACAAGGGCUUGGAGCUCUUGCCAUAG